AUGGACUGGGAUAUUCCAGAGCCAGAGCGUCAAAAAUACACCGCCAUCUUCCUACAGCUUUCGGACAACGAUCAAAAUGCCAAAUUAUCAGGUGCUCUUGUCCGCCCCGUUUUGAUGAAAUCAAAUUUGGACAUUGCCAAACUGGGAAAAAUCUGGGGUCUUGCCGAUAUUGACAAAGAUGGGAGUUUAGACAAAGAUGAAUUCAUCGUCUCUAUGUACCUAGUGUACAAAUCACUAACUGACGGAUCUGAUCCUCCUGAAGCUCUUCCGGCGAAGAUCAUCCCUCCUUCAAAGCGACCCAAAUCCGCUGCCCCGCCGACUAGACCACCUCCGCCAGCAGCGAAUUACAGCGCUUUAUCAGGCCUUACCUUGGACGAUCCAUCAGGAUUCUCUGCUUUCGACGCAGCACCUAAAGCUCUGGGAGCCCCUCCAGCUGCACCAGCCCCACAGGAAACCUUGAUCACUCCUCCUACUCCUGCCUUUUCGGCCGACUUCAGCAAUUUUGGCGCCGCCGAUCCAGCUUCAUCACAAGCCCCCGCGACGAAUCUUCUCACAGGGUCCCAAAGACCUGCUGUUCCCGCUGCAGAGGUGCCAUACCUUGUCCCAAAAGAUAAGCACGCUUCAUAUGGCCAGAUCUACGACCAAUCGCACGACCCUUCCACUGGAGUCAUCAGUGCGAUGGCCGCAAAGGACGUAUUUAUUCAAUCCGGCUUGCCCAAUUCGACCCUGGCGCAAGUCUGGAAUCUGGCGGAUACGAAUCAAUCGGGCUCGCUAAGCCGUGAUCAGUUUAUUCUUGCGAUGCACCUUCUCGCUGCUGCGCUUCAAGGGCAUCCCCUCCCUUCUAGCGCUUCAGAAGCGAUGAUUCGCGCGUCAAAGGGAGAUUUUUCGGACUUAGAUCAUGUUGGAACAUCUACUCUUCCACAGACGCGAUCAAUUCCUCAGGUGGCGCCAGAACUUCAAGGCCUGCAGAAUGAAAUGAGCCAGUUGCAAGCAGAGCUGGAUCUACUCGAACGACAGGUUGAAGCGCUCAAGGGAGAGAAGGAUAACCAAUCCUCGACGAUGAGCCAGUUGCAGAACGAAAUCGAUCAAUUCACAACCGAACUGACUCAAGCUGAAACCAGCUUGGCCGUCGCAAAGAACGAGCAUAGCUCGGUCGAAGCUCAGCGAGUCAAACUCGUGCAGGAAGGAAAUGAGCUGAACUCGAAGUUGGCCACGGAGCGGGGUUCUCUUGCUGAACUGGAGGCGCAGCUGAGGGAGCUGAGCAUGGGGCCAAAUCCGGCGGUCAUUGAGCGUCAGAGAUUGGAGGGCCUUCAGGUUCAACAAGUCCAGGCUGCACUUGAGCGGGAUAAUCAGUUCAAAUUGCUAACAGAAGUGAAAGCGGAGCGAUUACGAAUGGACAAGCUUCUGGCCGAUCUGGAGGAAGAAAAAGCAAAACGCGACAGACCGAAAUCCAAAUCUCCGACUCCCCAGCUCUCGCCGAUGACGCCCAUUGACUCGAGUCACGUGCCUGUGUCCAUGUCCGCGACUACCCUCUCCGGAAUGAGUGAGUUACGCAAUGAUAUUUUGGAUGAUCCCCCCGAGCUAGGAUCAAUAUCACCUAACACCACUCCCGCCCUGACCCCAGUGUCUGCGGCCUUCGACAAUUUAACCCCACAAGGCUCCGGUCGGGGCAAGUCCCCAACGCCCGAGUCAACGGCGACGCCCGAAAGCCACCUUUCCGCACUUGAAUCCAUCAAAGCACUAAACACAGGCGGAAGCCUCCAAUCAACAGGUCAAGCCAAGUCACCGUCCGCUACAAGUUCAAUCAAUCAAAAAUGUCAUUCUAACUCUCCUCCUGCUAAUCAGCUUCAAUCAGAUCUAGCUGCACUAGGCACAGAUAAUUCUGCCGAAAAUAAUUCAGACCCAUUUGGAGCUUCAAAUUCAGGGGCCGACCCAUUUGCCGCCGCACCAAUGCCCAAAGACGAUCCCUUCGCCGUAUCCGCCGAUAAACCGACCGAUUUCGACCCCUUUGGAAGCGGAAACGACCCGUUUGCCGCUCCCCUUCCGAUCCCUUCGACGGGCAAUUCCGGUGCUAGUAGAAUACCGGUGAAAAGUGCUACAACGGCAGAUCCAUUCGGCAGUGGAGCCGACCCUUUCGGCGCAAAUACAUCGAACGAUGUUGACUCUGAUCCGUUCGGAGAUGAUCCCUUUGCUUCGAAACCGAACGGAGUAGCAAGCGACGAUCCCUUUGCCACUUCUGACCGACUCGUUCAAAAUUCUCAGAAGAGUUCAACGCCGCAGAAUUCCAGGGAGCGGGACGAAACGCCAGAGACUGAUCCCUGGGGCAGUGCGUUUGGUGAUUCUGAUGCGACAUUCGGGAAUUUCGAUUCUUCCGAAAAGAAGACAAACCAGAAAUCCAAGUCGGUCAGCUCUACCAUGCGUCGUAGAGUAAUUCCGACUCCUGAGCCCGAGGAGGGAAAAACGCGUCGUGAAUCUACGAAAAGAGUCGCCCCGGCGCGUCCACCACCGGCUCGUCCGGCCCCUGCACGACCUCCUCCACCCGGUGGCUUUUGA